AUGUUUUUAUUCGGCAAAGUUCGCUAUCUUAGAGUGUCACAACGAUUGGCCGGUGAACGUUCAUGGCUGUGGACGAAUAUUUCCCAAUUGUCGCCUAAGGAUCAGGCAACGAUGGUUUCAAACUUGGCGCAGUAUUGGCCGUACCCCUGGGAACGAAGAGCGUUGAAUUGGCCAAUUCAUGUUGGUAUUCUCGCCAACUGCAUAACCUCCGCUGCUAUUGCCACAAAAAUCAGUGCUGAUAUGGUUAUGUUCAAUCCGAAGAUGUCGUUUCUCGAGGCAGUCCGGCAAUGCCCGCGGUCGCCGUUUGUCUUCGGUGUUUAUACCUCUGGAAUCGCAUACUACAUGAUGCGUCAGGUUCUUAUAGUUCCUGAAGUUUUUACCGAAAAUCCGUGCAGUUCGUGCGUGUUGAGUAAGAGUGUGGCAAUUGCUCUCGGCACAGGCGUCGCUGUUCCUCUUCUAGCCACACCGUAUCUUUGUCAUUACAUCAAUAUCAAUCGACAACCAAAGGAGAAGUUUCCAUCAGUAAGUAACUAUAUUGAAUUCCUCACACUUUGUUGGGAAGGUAGUCGAGCAGCUAGGUCGCUUCUUAUCAAGCUUAUUCCAUUCCAAGCACUGGUUGCCGCUGUUUCGACGUACUCAGUUCUGUGGGGACGAGAAAGGGUAUUCGGCACGUUGGACGCGGAUCCCGAAUUCGCAAAGGACCUUCUUCUGAAAGUACAGCUGAAAGUCACUCUUAAGCAAAGAGUAAUGGACUAUCUCCACGGCAGUUCAUUAUAUAAUGUCAUUACCGGCAACCCGACCCCAGAAAAGGAUCAUGUACAGCUUGAUUAA